CUGGCUGAGGAAUAAAAUAGAACUUUAACAUCAGAUUUUACACACAUUUGCGUGUGGGAAUUGAAUUAAUAAGACCAAUUUCAAGGUAUUUUUGGAAAUUUCUUACCGGCCAUUCAGCCGUGUGUGACAGAUAUUAUAAGUGAAUCGGUGACUAAAGUGAUUUUUACUGCGAUUUAAGAAAUACGAGUUGAAGGGGCACCGGAGACGAACUUUCGGGGUGACGCGGGCAGAUUUUCUCAAAAAACUUAAUAAAAAUGGCUGGAUUGCCGCGAAGGAUUAUUAAAGAAACACAAAGACUCAUGCAAGAGCCAGUGCCUGGAAUUAGUGCUGUACCAGAUGAGACCAACGCUAGAUAUUUUCAUGUAAUUGUCACGGGGCCUGAAGAUUCACCUUUCGAGGGAGGAUUAUUUAAACUCGAGUUAUUCUUACCAGAAGACUACCCAAUGUCCGCACCAAAAGUUAGAUUUAUAACAAAAAUUUAUCAUCCAAAUAUCGACAGGCUGGGUAGAAUCUGUUUAGACAUUUUGAAAGACAAAUGGAGUCCAGCUCUUCAAAUUAGGACAGUACUUCUAUCGAUACAAGCGUUGUUGAGCGCACCAAAUCCUGAUGAUCCAUUAGCUAAUGACGUAGCUGAAUUGUGGAAAAUAAACGAAAGCGAAGCGAUACGUAAUGCCAAAGAAUGGACUCGUAGAUACGCCAUGGAAAACUGAUCUCAGUAUCAAAAGAUUAACUAUCGCGCGACAAAAUGUCAUCAUAAUUUUUUCUACUGUCAAAUAAUCUACGCCAGUUGCACCCAUGUCCACAGUUUUUCCAUCAAAUGAAGAAAACAAAAAAAAAAAAAAAAAAGAAAAACAAUGUAAGAAACGAAGUUGUAACAUCAGACCUGCUGGGACUGUAUUUUCUAUAUAAUAUUAUCAAAAGCGAAGACGUUUCUAAUUCAAUCGUAUAAAAUUAUAUAUACGAUUGCGCAAGACUUACAAGAAUAUAUUUUCAAUAGUGGUGAAAAAGAAAACACGGGGAAAAAAAAACAAGGCCGAUGAUUUGAAACAUUUAGAAAAGAAAUAAUGAUAAUAAUAAUAAUAAUAAUCAUCAUAUAAUUAUUAUCAUUAUUAAAAAAUAAUACCUCUAAGCUCGAGCUCGUAUCAUCCUUUUUGCUGUUACACUACGAAUAUUCCGCUUGCCGGCGUUCUUCUGACAUUAGGAUAUAAAAUUGUACAUAAUUUAUUUUUCGGUAAUUCAAGCACUAUUCUAUAUUAUAAUUUUAGAAUUUGGUAGAAUAAUACACUCAAUUAUCGAAAAAUCAGGUACAGCUAAACAGUCUUUUAUCUUUUAUGAGAGGAAACAAAUAUGAAAAUACAUUGAAAAACGUGUAAAUCAUAUUAUACAUUCACAAUUUAACUGCAUUUAUUAAUUUUCACUUCCAAUUUUUAUCAUUAUUAUUAAUCACGCCGCUUAAGAAAGAAAACAAAAUCUUGAGCAUGAGACGUCGAACAAGUUGAUAAUUUAUUAAAUGUAGGAAUUUUAUUCUUAAUCACGAUUAUUAAUCAUUAAGUUGAAAACUGUAUUAUCAAAUUUACACGAAACCAGAGAUUUUUCAAAAAAAAGAAAAACUGUUUCGUUAAAGGACAGUUUUAAAUAAUUUUUUUUUUUGUUGAAUGGAAUGCUGGACGUAAUUCCAAUUUAAAAUGAGAAAAAUCGAAUACAUGUACAUUUAAUAAAAUAAUAAUUUUAAAAAAGUAUUAAAUAUGAAUUGUUUAGCUGUGGGGAUGUGUAAUUAAGUUUUUGAAAUGUUUGGAGCGACCUAAAAGGCUUUCUGUCUACAUUUAAUCACCUUGUGCCUUUCCCAAGCAAGAUCGGAAUUUCAGAAAGUAGCUGCGCUUCACAUCAGGGAAAGACAAAGGUAAACAUAAAAAAAAGUAAAUAAAUAAAAAUGCACUUAAAUUUAAA